CCCCGUCUCCUCCUGCCCUCCAACCGCCGGUAGCCCGUUUUUGACACUCCUUCCCGCCCUCAUGGCCGACGCCGACCGCCUCGCCGGAGCACCGCCGCCGCCGGCUCCUCCGCCUCUACCCCCGAUUCCCCCCAGGCCGGCGAUCCGGGUCCCGUCGGCCUCGGCCUCCGACACCUACCCGCCGUUCUUCUCCGCGCCGCUGCUCCCGCUCCCGCCCGUCGACGCGCAGCUGGAGCGGUGGCUGCGGCGGCUGGGGGCCUUCCUCGCGGCGUCGGGGCUCUCGGCGUCGACGCGGGCGGAGGUGGCCCUCGCGGCGUCCGUCCUGGCCGUGGUCGGCGUGGCGCUGCCGGCGGCCGCCGUCGCGCUCUCCCCGUGCCACGACCGCGGCGUUGUCUGCGACGACUACGAGGUGGAGCUCUUCGAGGAGUUCGUCAUGGUCUCGCAGGCGGCCGCCGCCGCCGUCGCCGUCGCAUGCGUGUCCAGGAAGAUGGCCAUGUACGGCCUCCGCAAGUUCCUCUUCGUUGACCCGGAGCUCGGCAUGCGGAUCCGCUUCCAGAAAGAGUACGCCGCCAGGAUCGAGGACUUCUUCCGAACGCUGCUGUGGUGGAUAUUGCCAUGCUUUGUCGUGAAGGUCACCCGAGAAAUCUUCCGCUUUUCGCACAUGCUCCACGAGUCAACCUGGAGAGCAUUCAUCGUGUUCUUUGCUUCCAUCAUCUCAUGGAUGUAUUUGACCACAAUUGUGCUGUCUUCGAGCCUGCUUUUCAACUUGGUUUGCAAUCUUCAAGUUAUUCACUUUGAUGACUACGGCAAAGUUCUAGAGCAAGAUGCAGAUCCUUUGGUCUAUAUGAAAGAGCACCUGCAGCUCCGCCAUAAUCUCUCCAAAAUUAGUCACAGGUUUCGCAUGUUCCUUCUGCUGCUCUUCUUGUCUGUUACAGCAAGCCAGUUUGCCAUUCUUUACAAGACAACAGCAUACAAAGGACCAAUCAAUUUCACCAAUGGUGGUGAUAUAGCUGUGUCUUCAGUUGUUCAAGUUGUCGGUCUCGUCGUUUGUUUACACGGAGCUGCUAAAAUUUCUCAUAGAGCUCAAAACAUUGUUGCAAUAGCUAGUCGGUGGCAUGCUUUAGCGACAUGCUCUACUGAUUCUACAUAUGGGAGCACCCCAAACGGUUCUACGCACCUUGCGACCUUUCCAUCACAAAUGUUUCUGAGAGAUUACUCUGAAAGUGACUUGGAGUCUUUGGAAGGUGGCUCGGUGAAUGGCGGUUCUCAUAACUCAGCUCAAUUGACAUCUUACCUGUCCUCAUACCACAAGAGGGAAUCGCUUGUGCUCUAUCUGCUAACCAACCCUGGUGGCAUCACGCUAUAUGGCUGGACUGUUGACCGGACAUUCCUCAACACGAUCCUGACGGUCGAGCUAACCCUUGUGUUGUUCGUGCUCAGCCAGACCAUUGUGAGCCCAGCGAGUACAUCGUUCAACAGUUACAUGAGUUUUCGAUGAAUGGAGUUUGGUGUCAGCUGCAACAUUGUGAUUUUGGUUCAGAGAGCAUGACACCCAUAGAGAUAGCAGGGUUUCUAUGCAAACAUCGGACAUCGGCGAAGUUGAUCGGUCCUAUACAAGCUCACGUUGUACACUUUCUCUGGGAAAAAGCAUGGUUGGUAUUUCUUGAUAAUUUCCAGUUUGAGCUUGAUCGUUGGUAAUGUGUCAUGCACACACAUACCGUCCCUGCUAAUGCGAAGCUUGCAAUUGCCGGACAUAGUCCCGUUUGAUCGCUGGACUGUGUAGGGUACAGACUGACCCGGUUGUAUCUUGGUGCAGUUUCUGAGCUGCCACCGUCCCUCUCCAUGUGAAGGUUUUUUUCGGGAAAACUGCUCCAUGAGAAGAUGGUCUUGUCUCUAUUUUUUGAAACAAGUAUGGUCUUGUCUCUUGAUUUUGCUGUGUAUAUGUACAUGCGCUGUUGUAUACCACUCGAUAUCUACAAGACUGAGUUUCUUUA